UUCCAAUAUUCAACUUGCUUUUUCAGAUUCGUUGGUGAUUGUAUUCUCAGGUAGGAAACUCAUCGCAUUCAAAUACUAUUUGUAUGUUAGUGUAUAUUGAUGCUGUGGUGAGCAAUGUUCCUAUGAGCCUCUUGUUUAAUUUUUAGGAUGAAAAAUGUACCUUGUCUGUCGAGGAGUGUCUAUGAAGGACUUUGUGAGAAAGUAGGAAAUUCAACAAAGGUGAACUUCAGAAGGGAAGUAAUUGACAUUACUGAGGACUUAUUAAGUACUAGUAAUGUAUGUUUUGAAAACAGAUGCUACAAAUUUAAGUUGAGUGGAAGUUUCCGUGAAGGAUUCAGACUAAAGACUUCUGAUAUAGAUAUGCUUGGAUGGUGUCUAAGUGAUAAAGUCGUUUCCAAUCCUUCUCAAAUCUGUCUCUACCAUAACCCACACCACACAGUGAUACUGAUGGAGUGUGAUGAUCUACCCCCAGGGUUUACAAGACUGAAACUCAUUGUUCCAGGUCAUGUUUUUCAUGAAAUAUCUUGUGUAGAAAUUAAUGAUGAAUUAUAUGUUCCUAAUUAUUCAUUCACCAAAAAUAUGGUUAAAACAUUAGAAUCCACAGAUUUUAAUAGGACAUUUUACCAUGGACCUGCCAUAUCUAUGGUAUCUGCUUUACUGGAAACCGAUAUUGUUAUUUGUUUGAAGUCAGACCACUGGCCAGAUACAGCCAAACCAUGGAUACAAAGAUGUCAACAAUCAGGUUGGCCGGUAGAGACAGUUGUGUCACAAAUAGUGAAUUCUGGCUGCCAUGUUGUACCUAUUGGUAGUACAUCUGAUGAGAAUUUGGAAUGGCGAAUCUCAUUUUCAAAUGCCGAACAAAUGAUUGUAUAUUCACUUAAUCAUUGCCAAUUUAUAUGUUAUGGUCUAUUAAAAAUAUUUCUCAAGGAAGUCAUCAAUGAACAAAGCAAGUCGCCAAUAUUGUGUUCAUAUUUCAUAAAAACAGUUCUAUUUUGGGUCAUCCAGAAUGACAGAACUCUUAAAUGGACCCCAGAGAACCUGCUUUGCUGUUUCUGGAACUGUUUCAAAUUACUUAUUCACUGGGUCAAUACAGGUUGUUGUCCAAAUUUUUUUAUUCCACAGAACAAUAUGUUUAAAGUAAAAGUCACUGGGCAUGCACAGGCUGCAUUAUUUGAUCAGUUAUAUGAUUUUUAUGCCAAUGGGAUUGAGUGUCUGUGUUUAAGUCCAACAAUCAAACUUUAUUUUAAUGAUGCAAUCAUCAACAAAAAUUUGCCAUUCAUGCAGGAAACAAGUAGAUAUCUGAAUGACGUUCACGUUUUAGAAGAAUUACAAACAAUAGGAAAAAUUGUAACACCACUUACUGUAAAAAAUUUAGAAGAAGUUGUCGUGUUCAUGAACAGAAUAGAAAAAUUUCUCAAAGGAAAUAUCACAAAAUAUCAAGCAGCGAUAGUGCAAUACAUGACAGCAUUAAUAAUUCGUUAUGCUGGAAUGAUACUACAACGUAUGUUACAAAAGAAAAUGUGUAGAAAACACACUUAUUUGACAAAAAAGUGGGCAUGUUCCAUGUUUAAAUUUUCUUCUGCAAUAGGCAGUGUGCCUGAGCAUCUUUAUCUAGCCAUGUACUAUUAUGGAGACGGUCAGUAUGAACAAUCACUGAGAUGUACACAGAGGGCAAGACCUUGCUCCGUGGAAGUAAAGUCAUUUAAUGCUAUGAUGAGAAAAUGCAUGAUCUAUUUCAUUAAUAUAGGUAAUGCGGACACGUUUUUCGGUGAGCUUGUGAUAGAGCAGAAUGCAAACGAAGAGAUUAGUGGUAAAUCUGGCGAAUUAAUCAUUCCUUUUAAUGUGAUGUUACACAUGAUGUUGAUACUGAAUUACCAUAAAUUAGGUGCGAGAGUCUUGGCACAACAGUCUCUACAGGACCUCCGCACACUGCUGCACAAUGGUAAAAGGUCACAUGUUCCCACCAUAUUUAGAGAAAUAUAUCCAUACGUUUACGCUCGGCUGCGUAUUUAUGGUGAUCCAUACUAUGAUGUUCCGUACGCGGACAUAUCAUGGCAGAUACUUGGGAUUUGUCAACAUAUCUGUGGGGACUACUUGGGAGCUCUAAACUCAUACCAGCGUUCACUGGCCGUUAAGUCGUUUCAUAGAAUUCACAAGGCAACUUAUCUAAGAAUGCUAAUAUCACUCUUUGCUCUUAUACAAAGCCGCUCAAAAUACUGGGAUGGUUAACCGCCAAUAAGAGUUAUUUGUAAUACGAAGUACAGCUGCAAUAGAUAGCCCCUUAAAGCGUCUAAAACUCUUAAGAAAUCUCAUGUUUACAUACGAGUUUACUAGCUGUGACUUUGAUAAAUAAUAUGUGUGCUUUUCAAAGAGCAUUUCAUUCUCAGUGUCAGGUAAAUCAGCUGUGCUAUGUGUAUGUGUAAAUACGAUAUGCAUGUAUAUACAUUAUGAUGUACUGUAUUUUUUACAACUUCACUUCGAUAUCGGUUGUAUAUAUUUUUUUAAAUAUUCAUCAUCAAGUAUUGUAUACAUACUAUGCUAUACAUGCUAUACAUUUUCUGAGUACCAUUUGUUUUUAUCCAUCCCAUUGUUUUUGCAAUCAGUCAUGAAUUAUAUUUUUUUCGAUUUCUGAAAUGACACUCAUAAGCAAUUUAUUUCCAGUCACUUCACUCGACGCCAAAUCAGUGUUUCGAUAGUUUGUUUUUAA